GCUAAAAUCAACGUCCUCUGCUAAACAAGAGAUUCGAAAUUCAGGCAGCAGGUUCUACUUUCGUUUGGUAGUUAGGUGAAAAUGAACGAUAGUUCAAUGCAGCUUUCGUUGAAAGGCAAAUCAUGCCUGCGUUGUUCCUUUCCCCAGGCAAGGGAAGGGAACGUUCUAUCAACUGCCCUCUCGUGUUUAUUACUGGCCGCGCGCGAUGGUUGUGCUGACGUUAGCCCGCGCCAAUAUGGCGGCACUCAAUGUUUUGAUUCGGCCUCCGAAUCAAAAGUUGUUCGCGCAUCGUGUUGUGUUGAAUUUGAGCAUUUUAUUUGUAGACAGCAAUUUUGUGAAGCAUGUUCGAAUGAAUCGGAAAGGAUCAAGGUCGUUCGGCUGGAUGGGAUGUUCCGUCUAGUAACUCGGAUUCGUCCGGGCCCAUUGUUAUUUUUAAAUGAUGGAAAAAAACGUUUAUGCCCGAACGAGCAUAAGGCAAACCUGAGCCAUUCAUCGAACAGUAUAUCGACCCGGCACAUGCUUUUAACCGAUGUGUCAAUAACGCGUAUCAAGCAAGCGCUGGCUAAAGCGAAUGUAUCAUUUCAGAAUGGACAUACUUGCCUUCGUGUGCCGUGUCCUCGAUGUUCACACAAAUCCAAUCACGCACAGGGAUACCUUAAUUCAACGAGUGGUACAUUUAUCUGUUAUGAAUGCAGAUUCGUUGCGCCAUGGGAAGCUUUUCAGCGGUACUUACAAACGGGCUGGAAUCUCGAAGGGGAGGAACACAACUCGGCGUUCGUUACGGACACCGAACUUCAAGAAAUUCAACGAAGAAUCGAAGGUGCGGUAGAAAUUAAAAAGGCAGAGACGGGCGAGGUAUUCAGAGUUUUAAAACGAAUGGGUUUGCAACGAAUUCAGGUAGCUACGUUAGCUCGUAACGGAUAUCACCUGUCGUAUGACGACGAUCAACCAAAGAUUAUCUUGCCGGUGCGAGGCUUUCAACGAAACCUAGUAGGUCUUAAAUAUCUCGGUGACGAAGGCAAUGUUGUGGAGACGUUUCCACGGGAAGAGAUGGCCGGUUAUUUUUAUACCGAAUCGUCAGCUGCGCCCAAUCGAGCUAUCCUAGUUGUGCAGCCAGCUGAUGCAAUUUUUGUUACACAAGAAACCCAACUGACGGCAGUUGCCAUUGAGUCCACUUCUCGUCUUCCCAUUACAAGUUUACCACUUCUCGAACACUUUGAUAACCUUACAAUUUGGUUUCGUCAUUCGUUAAGUGAAUGGGAAAAUGCUAAAAAUUAUGCGAGAAAACUGGGCGAAAGCAGGUUACGCUUCAUCAGACAAACAUCCGAAUAUGACCGGCCAAUCACUACGAGAAAUGUCAGCAACGCUUUAAAACUUGAUGCGCCUGUUCUUCAUAAAUCGCUUGUAACAUUUUCUGAGUUACGGCUUCAAGUUUAUGACCAUCUAAAGCAAUGGAAGCUAGCUGCCGGCAUCAAGUGGACGCGUUUUCCUGGUUUAAACAAGUACCUUAAAGGCCACCGUCGUGGAGAAUUGACAGUGUUUACCGGCCAAACAGGCUCUGGGAAGACGACUUUUCUUUGCGAAUACUCACUUGAUCUCCUUCAGCAAGGCGUUCGAACUCUUUGGGGUAGUUUUGAAAUUUCUAACAUUCGUUUGGUAAAAACGUUACUCACUCAGUUCGCAUUAAUACCUCUAGAAAACAAUAUGGAGAAAUUCGACGAGUUCUCAGAUAGCUUCGCUAAAUUGCCCUUGUAUAUGAUGAGGUUUCAUGGGCAAGAAAAUAUUAAGAAUGUACUUGACACAAUGUCUCAUUCUGUCUAUGUAAACGAUAUUCAACAUGUUGUGUUGGAUAAUCUACAGUUUAUGAUGGGGGUUUCUGAAGAUCGGUUCCUACGGCAAGACAUGAUUGUGUCAUUAAUGAGAAAAUUUGCUACCGAGCACAACGUGCAUGUCACCCUCGUCGUCCACCCACGCAAGGAAAAAGAAGACGAGAUGUUAGGAACAGCAAGUAUCUUCGGUUCGGCGAAAGUUUCCCAGGAGGCAGACAAUGUUAUGAUACUACAAAAAUCGCCGCGUAAUACUAAGUACAUUCAGGUGACAAAAAAUCGCUUCGACGGAGAUGUGGGCACUUUCCCGCUCUAUUUCGACAAACCGACGCUCAGUUUUUAUAAGAAACUUCAAUUACAUCAGCAUCAACAGGAACAACACUCAGGCGAGAACGGGGCUAAGGGGAAUUAAAGUUCAACUGAGAAGAUGAGAAAUGGUUUUUGGUAGGGGCGCGUAUAAGAAAAACAAUCAUUUAAAACCGAUAGCUUGUAGAAACUUACAAGAAAAUCUGGGACGAGAUGUCACACUCAUCCACACAGACACACAGACACACACACACACGCAUCUGGUUUGUAUAUUCUGAACCUUUUACCUCUCUACCUAUGUAUAAAGCAUAGUAUUAAUGAAAAUCUUCACUAGCUUAGUUUUCAAUAACGCUACUCUAGAAUUAACGAGACGGGAGAGAGGAAUACAUGCACCUUCCCAGUGCAUUACCGCUAUUCUUUUGGUCAACUAAAGGGCUAUGGUGUAUAUUUUUCUCGAUACAAUUAUCUGAAAGUUGAUCUUGUACACACCAUGUGAAAGGGCGGUGCCUAAAAUCAGAUUUGGAUACCUUUAGCCAAUAUCAAAAUUUAAUUUGUUAUAUAAUAAAUAGUGAAUAAAGCCAUAUACUAGUCUCUAUCGGUCUCACACGUUCAUGAGGCACGAGUGGCUUUUUAUAAAAAAUAAAGAAUGGCCAUGUAUUAACAGUGUCCAAAAUAACUGGCCUAGAAGUUGUCAGCUUGUUAAACUAAGCUGAGUUGUUUUUGUUCCGUCUUACUAACGAAAAUAAAGUAGAACAGUGAUUUAUACCGAACGAACUAAGAGUGUCAGUUUCGCUGCUACAUUGACAAAUAUUCUUUUAAAUAGUCAAUUUUCACCGAAUCGCAAAUCUUACUUCGAAAGCAUUGUUCCUGGUGAUUUUUUUAAUAGUCUGCUUCUUUCUUGACGGAACUGCCUACUCAAUGAAACCGUUGUAUAGUUUUGUACCUACAUAUUUUUUAUCGUGACGUUCUUUUGACGGUACCUAUAUUGUCAAAAGAUCUCUGAUCGGCAUCAGUCGAUCAACGUGAACCAUACCGAUUCGCGUAAUGCCAUUUUUUCGGUAAAAAUCAACCCAAAUAAUAUAUCGGGGUGAAAAAGCCAAGUUUGUAUCUUAGCUUGACUUGAAGGCUGCUACAUCAGAAAUGACGCAAACGUAUGUCUCGUGUUGCGUGUUUAGAGAGCGCGACAAAGCAGAGUGCUAAUUUUCCUCAGGUCAUUUCGCAGCGACAUAUUGAAUUUUCACCACAGAAUGGCUUCAAUAAAAUGACACAAACUAUAUAGGCUUAGAUUGUGGUGAAGCUUUUCAAAUAGUUUCUUCCCGGGAAAACUGGUGGCUUCGCAUGUAGAGACCGACGGUUGGCGUGGCUGUUUUGUCGCUAUGGAAAAGCGGUUAUCAGUUUCGAUUUAUAGAUACGGUGUGAGAGCCAUAAUGACUAACUUGAGUGACACUGUUAACAGAUAGGAAUAUUUAUUUACGAAUAAAAUAGCAGAAUAAUCCAGCGCGACAAAUAACAGCAGCAGCAGUAGCAGCAGCAACAGCAACAACAACAACAACAACAACGUGUGCGUGUAUUAUUUUAGGUAAAGCAGAGAGGACGAUGUAGACGUAGUAUAUCGCAAUGGUGCCUUCCUUUUAGGAUAAACAGAAGUUACAAUUUAAAAUGUGAAAUGAACAAAUGCGGAGUGCAAUGUUUGUUGUCUAAGAAAAAAAGGAA